CUUUCACAUUACCCGCACUCCACGACGCAUUGCUUUGCUAUACUUCACGCGACUGGAUCAUGAAUUCAUUGUAUACGUAGCAUUCUGGAUCAGAUUCUUUGACAGACGAGGAUCGCCGACACGAGACAUCAGAUCCUACGAGCAAUCAUGUCAAGCUCUCCGAGAGGACUAGAAGACGCGCUGGUAGCGAAGCGGCCAGCUAUCUCGAGAAACGUGUUCGAAGACGACGGCUCUCCCACUCCAUCUCCAGUCCGAAGCUCAGAUUUCGAUGUCUUUUCACGAAACGCGUCGAGCCAAGAACACGGCAAGUCGGCGUCGAACAGCCCAGAGACACGCGAUCAGCCACAAGUAGCAGACCCAGAAGUCAACGAAGAUUCAGACGACGAACCUCGAAGACCAAUGGGUAGAUCUGCGAGACGUAUGCUUGGAGGCGACCAGAGUCCAUACCGGAGUCCAGAGCCACGUCGCGUAAAAGCACCUGAGCACAAGCAACCCUCGAAUGACCCACAGUCCGAUGACGAGCUUUACACUGUCACUCCUCAGCUGGACUCUCGGUUCCGCAGCCAACCGCCAUUUGUUCCUGCAAGCGCGGCUCGGUCCACAUUGUUUGUGAGCCCUGCAAAGACGACACAGAAUGACAGCGAUGAUGACCUCCCCACCCGGCCGACCGGGAUGAAAUCGAAAUUAGCAGCGCUGGUCGCUGAGAAGCGCGCCGAGAGGCUGGAGAAGGAAGCAGAGGCGGCAAGCAAGACAUCUGAUCUUCCGGACGAGAUUGUGGAGGGCGCAGAAGAACCGGUCAAUCCUGAGAUUGAACGUAUCCUAUCCGAUGCCGCGAAACCAACUCGUAAAGCGAGUAAAAGAGCCUUGCUGGAAAUGGAGCGCGAGACUCAGCGCAUUGCUCGUCAGCAGGCGCUUGCGCAUCAGAUGAAGACGAAGAAGAAGUUCACUACCAGCGACCUUUUCGCCAAAUUCAACUUCCGACAACCUACUGAGGCACAAGCAAAUCAAGCUGGCGACAGUUCUGCGUCUUCAGCACCCAACAGUGACGCUAUUGACGCACCAUCAAGAGAACCGCCGAGCACUCCACCUUCAAGCCCGCCCACACCACUGGAUCGCCAGAGAGCGCUGGUGGAACAGGGUGCAUUGAGCAAAUUGAAACCAGUCAGGGAGGACAGCCUCAAUAGUCUCGCAGAUCUCGACGAUGAUGAGGACCUACCUGAUAUCGGCACUGUCAUGAGCUCCGCGCGUAAUUCCAGGCCUGUGGAGCUUGAAGCUACAGUUGUCCAGACGCCGAGCUUCGGGACUGAGCCAAAGAGGGGCCUCAAACUGGCAAGGUUGGGCAAAAAAGCCAUGGCGCCGCCUUCAGAUGACAGCAGUGAUGAUGAUCUCGAGAUCGUGCAGAAUAUGCCCAAGCAUCUGAGCGUCUUUGACCGAGCCAAAGGAACCAUGCAGAAGCAUAAUACAGAUUCCAGAGCAAUCCAUCGACUGAAGCAUCUAGCACAUCUUGGUGGGGAUGACAGCAACACAGGCCGACGAAAGCACGGCAAAGCCCGACCAGGGAUGAAUCCUGCCGCACUUGAAGCCCAAUUGCGUCUUCGUGCUAAAGAACAAGCCAGAGCACAACAGCAGGAACGGAUUGCGGAGUUGAAAGCGAAGGGAAUUGAAGUCCAGACGACAGAGGAGCGCGAGCGGGAGCAAGAGGCGUUCGAGAACCUGCUCGAGAAGGCCAGGAUUGAUGCCGUUGAGCUUCGCAAAGCUGAGAAGGCAGCUGCAAAGGAAAACAACGGUGGAGCCGACAUCAGCGCGGAUGAGAGCGAAGACGAAGACUAUGUUGAUGUCUCUGGCAGCGAAGACGAGGCGCCCUCUGCCGAGAAAGAUGGCAACGACAUGGUGGAUGACGCUGCAGAGGAAGACGACGAGGAUGAAGAGGAAGAGGAUGGUGAGGAUGAAGCGUCCGUAGAGGAGCGCAUGGAUGAAGAGACUGCCGGCAGCGCAAUGGCUGGGGCAAAGACUGUCAACGAAGACCUACCCGACCGAGCCAGCGAUGAAGACGAGCUGAAUCAAUCGCGGACGCCCAUGAUCGGCAGAAAACCUCGAAAAUCCCGAGUCGUACUGGACGACGAGGACAUGAGCGAUCUUGAGAUUUCGAAGCCUCCGCCGACCAUCGCACAGACACCGACUCAGACACAGGACAGCGAUCCCUUCGCAGCCUUCAACUUCGAUGCGGGACAUCAAGCGAGUUCGUUGAUGAGUCCUACACAGAUGUUCAACGCAACCAUGCAGACCCCAACACAAGACAUCCAGCAAGACUCCAUGGAUGUGCUAAAUCAUCUGGUACCACCAGGCUCGUCGACGAGGCCACCUCCAACAUUCGCUGUCCAGCCUCAGUUCACUCAAGGCAACGGUAGCCAACCGGAUCGGGUGCCCAGCAGUCAACUACCUGAAAGUCAACAAGUCAACCUCGCAUGGGAAACUCAAGCUCCUGAGACUCCUAUUCAAACCAGCCGCAAAGCGGGAUCUGUAGUCGCGAGUGAAACCCCGGGCUGGGUGCCAUCACAGGAUCCUGGUUUGCCUGCCACCUGGCAGGCUCCUGCUCUUGCACGGGAGGACACUUUGCAAUCACUACCCGACCAGGAGACCCAGUCCACGGUGGAGCUGCGCGUGAGCGAGUCGCCUGCCCCAGCCCCGAAGCGAAAUCGACUUGUCCGCGGCCCACGUCAUGCUGUGCAGGAUAGCGGGGAUGAGGAUGACAGGGUGGAAACAUCCCAAAAGGCCACGAAAAAGGACGCCUUCAAGGAAAUGGCUCGCAAGCGCAAAGAGGCCUUGAGCGCCGAAGAGCUGGCAGAAGCUGAACGCGAAGCCAAGCAGAUGAUGGACGAGCAGGCCGAGGAAUCCGAGGACGAGUAUGCUGGUCUGGGAGGUGAUGACUUCGUUGCUCCAGAGACCGAGGAGGAUCGCGAGAUGAUCGAUUCGAGCCUGAUCGAUGUCGAUGAGCGCCAGCUCGCUGCACACUUCGCCGAAAAGCAACGGCUCGCCGAUGAAGCAGAGCAUCAACGAUUGUACAAGGAUCUGAUGACUGGAGCACUACGCAGGAAGCAAGCCAACAUGUUCGACCUUGACGAGGAUGAAGACGACCUUGCGGCAAGACGGCGGCAAAUGAAGCAACGCGAGGAAGCGAGGAAGCGAAAAUUGCUUUUGCAAGACGAGAGUAUCGCAAGUCUAGCGGAGGGUAAACACAGCGUAGGCAAGGACGCUUUCUUGAAGGCCAUUGCCGAUGACGAUGAACGUGACGAUGAUGUCCUGGACCUGUCUGAUGUCGAGGAUGAUUCUCAGGUACCCGCCUCUUUAUCGGACAGUCAAGCUUCUCAACAGCCAGACGCUUCGCAAGUGCCUCUGCAAGAGGUCAGCGGCAACAAGCGUCGCAUGGAAGAUGCGCCUUCAGAAAGACCUCCUGCCAAGCAGCGCCGCACUCAAGCUUCUGCGUUCAGGGCGCCGGCGUCCCUUUUAGAGAUUCAAGAUUCUGUCAGCUUCCUCCUCGAAGAGCCGAAUGUGCCACUUGCAGGACCAACCGCUGUAGACUUGAGUUCUGACUCUGAGCAAGAGCACGAGAAGGAAGGCGCAGACAAUGCUGCCGGGUCCGAGCAGGAUGAAGAAAGUGAUGGUGUGCAAGAAGAGAUGGCUCGCCAGAACGAUGGCGGAUAUGCUCCAGAUCGCGUUGCCAUGCCACCUCCUCGUCUUCCAGCUUCGCAGCGUCGAACAGCGGCGAAGCCUUCUGUCGUGAACCGUCUGAGCCUCAAACGUGCUAGCAGCACGUCGGAGAACUCUGCGGCAGGCUCGCGUACAGCUUGGGGUUCUGGCUCGCAAGGCGGCGGCUUCAGGGCUCCUUCUCUACUGCGCAGAGCUACCACGAAUGGUGCUGCUCAAGGAGCGAAUGAUCGCGGAGUGAGCACGAGCAUUGGUCUUUCUCGUCAAGACAGCGGAGGUAGUGCAACUGGUGUCAAGAUGGGAGGUUCGAAAAAGAGCUCGCUGGCGUAUCAGGCGAGAGAUGCUGAGAGGAAAGCCAUUGUCGAGCAAAGCGCUAGACGAAGAGCAGAGAACACUGCUAAGAUUGCCCAAUUGCGGAGGAACGCUAGCAGCGGCUUCGGGAAGGGACUUGGUGGCAAGUUUGAGUGAAGGACGCCAUCAAACAACGGAUGUACAGAUGUCAUUCUUGUGGGCUGCAAGUUCUCCAU